AUGUUUAAAAGGCAUUUACAGCAAAGAGGAGCUCGUGAGGGUGUGUUCGCCACACUCAACGAGCUCCCAAAAGGAAAGCCUUCUUCUUGCGACCUAUUGAGGCUUGCUUCUACUGGUCAAAACCCUAGGAAUCUCACAGUGUCGGAGCCAAAGCUUCAAGCUAUUAAAGAGCGAUUCUCUAUGCCUAGCUACGAAAAGCUGAAGGCGAGCUUGGAGCUCUUAUAA